UCCGAUUUGUUUUCAGCUUUUUGCACAAAGAUCCAAGAUCGCUCAAAUUGCUUGGUGCAUGUUCUUUUGGCUGGCUGACGGCAGAUGGGAGGCACGAAAUCGCACAGUGGAUAAGUUUAAAAAAAAAAAAAAAAAGACUUCCUGGAUGACAUCCAAGGCCCUUAACGCCACACCUUAAUUCAGUGUGCAUUUUGCGCCUAGGCCUCUCUUCUUCUUAGUAAUAGUAAAGAAGAGUGGAAGUAAACACAGUAAUAAAGGACUCAAAUGCAAAAAAGGAAGACUUCUUUUUCAUUUCUGCAAAGCCCCGUUGUUUUUCGCAACGUUAAGCGUUCCAAGCCAGCAGAGUAACACACUAAUAUCUUGUCUUCAAAAAAAAAUUCCGUGGAUACUAAUUGGUCAAAUUCGAAGUCUCCUCCUCCCUCCUUCCGCUACCAUUAAUGGGAUUGUUUCAGAAAUUGUACCCUACCUUCCUGAACUGCUAGAUAUAUUACGAAUCCUGGAAUAGAGACUAGUAAAGUACCUUGAAGUCAACACCAAUUAGAAUUAAACUUUAAUCCCCGGGGCUGCAGGCUGCUCAGUGAUUAAAGGUGCUUACUGCUCUUACAGAGAAUUCCAGUUGAGCUUCCAGCAACUAUACCGUAGGAGAUCCGCACCUCUGAUCUUAGUGGGCACAUGCACUCAAGUACACGAACACACUCAAAUAUAAAAAUAAUAUAAAAUAAUUGAGGGAGGGAAGCGCCCCCAAACGGAAAGAGGAGAGUCGGAACUUGCUGUAGUAAGUUUCCACCCGGACACAUUUUUCUGAUCUCAGGAAGUGGGGAUGUGUGAUUCCAGUGGCCGGAAGUUCUCUUUCUGGUUGAAUUUGUUGUUCAGAUCUUCCGCCGCGUGAUCGUGACAAAUUGGGCUUUCUGUCCUUAAUCCGCAUGACCUGACUACUCUACGCUUCAGCCUAACACUUUAAAUAUUUCCCAAUUGGAAAACAACGUGGUACAGCUGUUACGGAGUUCUAAAAGCACCUUUGCUUCAAAUUGAGCUAUCCCACUCAGCUGCAAACUAUAUUAAUCAGCACUGCAUCUUCUGGAACAAGACUGAAUAGAGACCAGUAUGCUUCACUUCAUCCAGAAAUUUUCUGGAGCCUCUUCAAAGCUGCUGAAGUACCCUUUUACAGUGAGACUCAGAGCCAGCAGAAUAGAUGUACUUUCUCCCAAGACAUCGUUUCAGCAGAACCUUUCCCCUUUGUCGCCAAGGACUUGGCUUUCGACAUCAUUUCAAGUGUGUAUGAACAACAUACAAUGCUAUCAUACAUCACCAUGCAACUUUAAAAGACAGCAGAAGGAAGCAGUUGUUCCCUCCAGGACACCAAGCAGCAUCACUUACCUACCUGAUAGCCCAAAGCCAGCAUUAUACAUAAGUCUGGUGGGGUUAGUCCCCUUUAUUGCUCCACCACUCACCAUGGUCAUAACAAAGUCUUAUAUCCCCAUAUUAGCGUUUACUCAGGUGGCUUAUGGAGCUGGUUUCCUAGCUUUCUUGGGAGGGGUUAGAUGGGGCUUUGCCCUGCCAGAAAGCAGUCCAGCCAAACCAGACUACAUUAACUUAGCUAGUAGUAUGAGUCCUCUUCUGUUUUCGUGGGUAGCUGUCCUCUUUUCUGAAAGACUCAGUGAAGCCACUGUCACAGUAAUAAUGGGUUUAGGUAUAGCAUUACACAAUGAACUUUUCCUUUUGCCACAUUAUCCCAACUGGUUCAAAGCCUUGAGGAUAGUAAGUACUUUAGUGGCUUUUUUCUCAUUUGUAGUCACUUUAAUACUUAAAGGUAUUUAUCCAGAAAAAGGGCCUAAAAGUUUUGGUGAAGUAGAAAAAUAAAACCACUUUGCUGUGGAAUACUCCUUCUGUUCUGUGCACUGUGAAGACAUGUUGCUCUCCUUGUUAAUAAAGAGCUGAUUGGCUGAUGGCUAGG